AUGGCCACCCCUAGUGUCCUAACCUUUGACGCCGAGGGUCGCACCAUUGAUUUUGAGGUCUGGCUAGAUGACCUGCAGCUUUUCUUACAGUGCGACAGAGCUGACAGCCUUUCUCUCUUUGACCUCACCUCUGGCGCCUCUCCUGCUCCUGCUGCCGAUGCUGAUCCCACUGUCCGCUCUCAUGCGCGCUACUCCUCUCCUGCCACUGCUGCACUGAGCCGUCUCAUGCUUCCCUACCUCUUUCCUGACCUCUCUGCCUUUCCCACUGUCGCUGACCUCAUUACGCACCUCCGCACUAGUGACACUCGCUACCGCGCCGCCCUUCCUGCUGAGUUCUGCGCUAAGAACCCCCCCCCCAUGUACAUCACUCUCUACUACGUAGUCGCGCGCCUCCCUGACUCCCUCCGCGUAGUCAGGGACCACUUUCUCGCGGUCUCUCCCACCACUCUCACCGUCGACCUCCUCGAGAAGGCCCUCCUCGCAGCGGAGAAGAGCAUAGUCGCUGUAGGUGCCUCUCGUGGUGACCCUCGCACCCCCAUCUUUGAGGGGUGCUCUCCUUCCCCCUUGCUGCCCUCUGUUGCCUCUGCUGCUGCGGCCGACCUGCUUGGUCUUGAGUCGGUCGGCGCGGCGUCUGCCCCUAGUGGGAGACGUCGCUCUGGCAAGGGCAAGGGGGGCAAGGGCGUGGGCGGAGCUGGAGGGGGCGGUGGCGGUGGCGGCGGGGGCGGCGGAGGGAGUGGGGGUACUGGUCCCUGCGCCUACGGCCUUCCUGUGUGUCCCAGGUAG